AUGAAGUUCUGGUGUUCUACUUGGAAGUCGGUUGGUCACUGUGUGUACGAACAGACUUUGCUCCCGGUGCAGAAUGUUUAUCAUUGUAUAUGUAAAAACGCGGUAGUAGUUGGGACUUCGACUUGCGCGUCAGCCUUUUUCACAACCUACUCGAGUAGUUGUCUGCUCCUGGUAACUUCACGAUAUAGAUUGCUCGUUAUUCUCACGUAUAGCGAGUCAAAAAGUCUUGAAGCAUCUUCUUCUGUACCGCACCACUCGACGAGACUCGACGAGAAAAUUUCCUUUUCUCAGCUCUUGGCUGUGACAACGAUAUCCACUAUUUGUAUUGAGCUUUUUGGCGUCGUGAUCGAAUUGUCCGCGCCUCAAAAAAAAGGUCCUCCUAAUGCUUUUGUUUCUUACCGCCUAGUUCCAACUGUUGUCGUUUUGAGCUCGUUUACGAUACUCAUCAAUUGA